UGUCAACACCAGCGGUAGUCAGCCAACAUUCAGCCUCAAAGGGCCUCAAAGGGUAGCUGUCGCUUACGCCCUAUCUCCGUUAUCAUCCGAGCUAACAUCCCGGAAGCGGGCCAUCAUCACAUCACACCACCCGGCCCGGCAGCAUCCAGCCUGGGCUUUGUUCUCAAGUUAAUAAACUUGGGUCAUCUUACGGCCAGCCAUAUAUAAGUCGUUGUUUCAAAACUGAACACUCAACCUCGAAACUCAAACAUCAAUAUUCUCAACACCACCACUCCACUCCUGACACCAAACACCAUCAAAAUGUCCGCCCUAACCGGCGCCCAGUUGGGUCUAAUGACGGGCUCCUUCCUAUCAGGCUGCCUCCUCUCAAUCCCCCUCUUCUCAAUCCCCAUCAUAACCUCCUCCCCCACCGCCCCGACCCUCCUCUCCUCCUGGUCCAUCCUCUACGAGCACGGCAAAUUUUCCAUGCCUCCCCUGGCCGCUUUAACCGCCUCGCUCUACGGGUGGACGGCUUAUAAACUCCGCUCUGCUGCCCCUCGGUCUGCUAGCAACGAAAAACGCUGGAAACUAUUCGCCACGGCGGCAGGAUUGACAUUUUGGAUUGUGCCGUUUACGCUGGUGGUGUUAAUGCCCACCAACAAGGAGUUGAUGAGACUUAAUGAGAUGCAGAUCGAGCCGGGCCCGUUGGUUAGUAGUCUUUCGGAGGUGAGGGAGUUGGUGAGGAGGUGGACUUGGUUGCAUUUGGUGAGGUGCGUGGGGCCGGUGGUGGGGUGUGUGGUUGGGUGGUUUGGGGUUUUUGGGUACGGGGAUGUGCAGGGUGAGAAGGUUGAGGUUAGGAAGGCGUGAGGACGGGAUGGAUUUGUGGUGAUGAGGGAUGAGAUUGGUGAUGAUCUCGUUUUUCCACGUGGAGUGUUGGAAAAAGUGAGGAAGCAAUGGGUGAAAGCUGUCGGGGUAUGAGACCUCGCCAGGGAGGCGAGAGAAGAAUCCAGUGAGUUGUGAUAGCUUCAAGUUCAGCUGUAUGCUUAGUUUGAUCAAGAUCGGAAUGGAAAC